AUGACCACUCGGACGGGGCGACAUACCCCUACGCACGAUGGGUACGAUAUCGCAGUCGACGUCGAGAAGCAAUCUUCUCCGUACCGACAUCACUACCGACAACCGAGCCACAGCUCUUUUGCCUCUGAUAGUUGCAGCGACUCCGUGACGUCUUCUGCGGCUUCCUACCAACCGAUGCUGGGCGGUGCGACCAUGCGCCGCCCCCGGGCUGGCCCUGGAUUCUAUCGCAUCCCCAACCGAAUUAUGCGAUGGCUCUGCUUGUCGCUGUUCUUCUCACUCGUUCUAUUUAUCUGCACCCUCUUCCGGUUUACUUUCAUGUCCUCGGUCAAGCAUGUCGACCUGGAAGUGCCAAACCAACCUCCGAAGCCGCAUCAGUGGGAAAGCUUUCCGUUCCUGACGCGAUACCACGGCGGCCUCCGAUCGUUAGUACCGCGGAAAGACCAGGUGCCCGAAUACCCCGGCGAUGACCUCGACGGCAUGGUUGAUGAUACUCUUAAUGCGAACACGAGCGGCCUCCAAUCCCGCGCGGAGGCACUCUCGUUCACAAGUUCCGCUUUCAAUCCUUACCCCGAUUACGCUUCCGCAGAGUAUAUCGAGAAGUAUGGUGAGAAGCGCGAUUGUUUCCUUGACGAGGACGAGACGAUACGGAUUCCGCAAGUCCACCACUAUGCGGGGGUGCCCCGCGGCUUUCCCGACGCGGUAAUGGGUUCGAAUGAGAUGCUCGGCAUCAAGGACGAUGUAUGUUUCGAUCGCUUUGGUCGCCUGGGCCCCUACGGCCUCGGUUAUACGGCUAGGAAAGGCGGCAUUGGUGCUGGUCUGGAGGGCCACCGCGAGGGGGCAGAACGAGUUUGGGACGAUUACCCGCCGGUUGAUUUCCGCAAGGUUGACUGGGCCGCAGCCCAAAACAGAUGCGUCGCGUUGAACAGCCACCGCUUCGAUGACCUCCCAGAUCCCCGUUCUAACCGUUAUCUAUCCAUGCCAGUCGGUCUGCCAGAGUCGAAUAGCAAGCCCCACCAACGACCACAAGACGAAGAAGAACAGAGACGGACCGGUACAGAACGUUUGCCGCGCACCGCGUUUGUGAUCCGGACUUGGCAUGACUUUAGAUACACUCCUGAGGAUAUCCUGUACCUGCGCGCAUUGAUUUCAGAGCUGUCGCUGCUUUCAGGAGGCGAAUACGUUGUCCAUUUCCUCGUCCACGUCAAAGAUGAAAAUCUCCAGAUUUGGUCUGAUGACGAGACAUACGAGCGAGUUCUCAAAGAUGCUCUUCCAGCCGAAUUCCGCGGUAUGGCCACUCUCUGGACGGAACGCCAAAUGUCCCUCAUGUAUCCUGGCCUGGAGGAGACAAUGACGCGGGGUCUUCCGAUCCACGGCGUCUAUCGCAGUACUUACAUGCCGAUGCAGUACUUUGCGUACCAGCAUCCGGAGUACGAUUACUACUGGAACUGGGAGAUGGAUGCCCGCUACACUGGUCACUGGUACCAUCUCUUCGACAAGGUGGUCAGCUGGGCGCGUGAGCAGCCGCGCAAAGGGCUCUGGGAGCGCAAUGCCCGGUUUUAUGUACCGUCGGUGCAUGGUUCAUGGGAAGACUUCCGGCAGAUGGUGCGUGUGCAGACGGAGAUCGGGACGAACAGCCCGAACAACCUCUGGAGCGCCAACAAGCCUCGCCCUGAACUGUCCUCAAGCGAAAAGGCCUCGGCAGCUCAACUUCAAAAGGGCGACCAGCCAGUAUGGGGUCCAGAGCGCCCCAAUGAGCGCGACAUCUUCGAGGUAGAAGGAGAAGGCAUCCCGCCGACCACGAUGGAAAAGGAUAAAUAUCAAUGGGGUGUCGGCGAGGAUGCGGAUCUGAUCGUAUUCAACCCUCUUUAUGACCCAGAGGGCACGACCUGGCUUCUGCGUGAUGAUGUUACUGGCUAUAACCGGGAGAACGGACUCCCUCCGCGCCGCACCGCUAUCAUCACCGCCUCCCGGCUCUCCCAUAAACUCCUGCAUACGAUGCAUCGCGAGACGAGCUUAAAGCGGCACAGCAUGUUCUCUGAAAUGUGGCCGGCGACGACUGCGCUCCAUCACGGGUUCAAAGCCGUCUACGUCCCGCACUCGGUGUAUAUCGACCGCCGAUGGCCUACCAAGUAUCUCGAGUCCGUGUUCAACGCCGGGCGGAAUGGGGCCUCUGGCGGUGCUCGUACUUCGAUCUUUGGUGACCGAGAACACAACUUUCGAGGCACCACCUGGUUCUACUCGGCGGGAUUCUCGCCCAACCUCUGGCGACGCUGGCUGGGCUACAAAGUCGACAAUGACGGCGGUGAGCAAGAAGAACUGGCAGGAGAGGGACGAAUGUGCCUCCCUCCGAUGCUUCUUCAUCCUGUCAAAGAUGUGGAGAUGAUCAUCGAUGAUGGUGCCACUGGGGGAAUUUGA